CAAAGCUCUAAACAAUUUGAUUGUAGGAUAGAGAAAGAGCGUUUUUAUCUCAUUGAGGGAGGUAACUUAUUUCUGGGAAGCUUCACACAUAGUUUAACAAGAAGACAUAAAAAUGGAUGAGGGAUCAGUGGAGAGUUUGGCUGAGGUUUUUAGAUGCUUUAUUUGCAUGGAGAAGCUGCGAGAUGCUAGACUUUGUCCUCAUUGUUCCAAAAUGUGUUGUUUCCUGUGUAUAAGGCGAUGGUUGACUGAACAAAGACCACAGUGCCCACAUUGCAGAGCAUCCCUUCAUCUUCACGAACUUGUCCAUUGUCGAUGGGUUGAAGAAGUCACCCAGCAACUAGACUCACUUCAGCUUACAGGCCCCCCUAAAGCUAAAGAUGAUGCCGAUAAAGACAGAUGUGACAUUCAUCAUGAAAAACUCAGUGUCUUCUGCAGUACAUGUAAGCAGUGCAUCUGCCAUCAGUGUGCUUUGUGGGGAGGAACGCACUCUGGCCACACCUUUAAGCCUUUGGAUGAGGUGUAUGACCAGCAUGUCUCCUCUAUUACAGAUGAGGUUGCAGCAUUGAGGCGCAGACUGAUGGAACUGAUUAGUCUUGUUCAGGAAGUGGAACGCAAUGUAGAAAGUUUACGUGAAGCUAAAGAAGAGCGUGUACGUGAAAUUCGGAAUGCAGUGGAAUUGAUGAUAGCACGCCUGGACACUCAGCUGAAAAGUAAAUUGCUGACACUUAUGGGGCAAAAGAACUCACUGACUCAGGAGACAGAAUUGUUAGAAUCCUUGUUACAGGAAGUUGAACACCAGUUGCACUCAUGCUCCAGAAGUGAACUCAUAGCUAAAAGUGGGGAACUUUUACAGAUGUUUAAUCAGGUUCAUCGUAAGCCAAUGGCUUCAUUUGUGAGUCCUCCAAUACCAGCUGACUUUUCAAGUGAAAUUGUACCUGGUUAUGACACAAGUACUUUCUGUAUCACCAACUUCAGUUUAUUGCGAAGAAAGGCAGAUCCUGUCUAUAGUGAACCAUUAAAUAUCAGUGGACUUAGUUGGAGACUAAAGGUUUAUCCUGAUGGUAAUGGUGUGGUGAGAGGAAAUUACCUGUCUGUGUUCCUGGAGCUCUCUGCUGGACUGCCAGAAACAUCCAAAUAUGAAUACAGAGUUGAAAUGAUUCAUCAUGCAUCACCUGACUCAAGCAAGAACAUCGUGAGGGAGUUUGCUUCUGACUUUGAAGUUGGUGAAUGCUGGGGUUACAACAGAUUUUUUCGAUUGGAUCUUUUGGGAACUGAAGGAUACUUGAACACAGCAAAUGACACUUUGAUCCUGAGGUUUCAAGUCAGACCUCCAACAUUCUACCAAAAGUGUAGAGAUCAACAGUGGUAUAUUAAUCAACUUGAAACUGGUCAGACCCAGUACAUUCAACAGAUUAACGAUUUAAAAGAGCGACUUGCCAUUGAGCUGUCCAGAAACCAUGCACCGACUCCCUCAGCAACGGGCAGCAUGUCAGACAUUGGUCACGUGUCCUUACUUGAACAAUCAUUGGACAACAUCGAGGAUGAUAAUGAUCAUCUGGUUACCAAGCAACACAAUGAUGCUCAGUUAGUAGUGCGACGGGCCCAGGCCGCUAGGCCACGUGCUACAGCACACACAGCAUUAGAUGUGGAAACUGCUUCUGGGCCAGUCCUUCCAGCCUCCGAAGAAGGAGAAGAGGUGGUGGAUGGUUACACAAAUGAAGAUGAGAAUGGAGAAGAGGAUGAAGACGAAAGUGGUGCUGAUACUGGUGAUGACGAGAAUGAAGUGGAUGGAAGACCGGAAGUUGAGGAGGAGACAUCUGAACCGGAAGGAAAUGAAGAUGAGUCGCUAAGAGACGAGACUUUAGAAGAGGAAGCACUUCAGGAUCUCGUCCCAUGUUCCGAAAGUCCACCAGAAGAACAGGCCUCACAGCAGAAGGAGCAAGAGGCCUGGGAUGUAGAAGAUGUUGAACUUGAAUUCUUUGAUAUUAACAGUCUAACGGAGCAGCGAGAAGAAGCAGAACCAAAACCCGAGCCAUUGUCAAAUCAGACCAGCUGCUCCAACUGCCUUCCAAGCAAUCAAGGUUCCCUUAUCGAUGCAGAGGAAAGAGCGCUUCUUAAUUUGCUCAAGUUUGACAACAGAGGCCCCAGAGGGUCGCGCUGGAAUGCGCCGGGUGCGUCACGGAGGUAUGUGUCAGUGGUGGAGUGGCCCAGGCGAGGAGAUGAUAAAGACAAGCACAAGGAAAGGAUCAAAAAGAGAGCUCGCUUGGAGAAGACCAGCAGCAUGCUGGAGAGACUGCAGAGUUGUUUAACCCGCGCUGAGGCUCACAAGGCAGCGGCUGCUUCUCUUGACAGUGCAAAAGCCCUAGAAGAAUCUCUGACCAGUGGAAGCCAUCCAAUGGGGAUGAGAUCGGGCACAGGAAAUGUCAGGCCUUAUAGGAGAGGCGCUUCAUUACCCACCUUGGAUGGUGGAGAUAGUAAAAAUCGAACGUCUCCAAAGAAAUCAACAGGGACUGUAGCUAGUAUCUGUGUCAGCUCUGGAGUCCCAAUAUCAGCGGCAGCAUGUACCAUCCCUCACCCCCCUGACCGUGAUGAUGGGUGUGGCAACCCUGAACCCGACUUGUCAAUACCUCAUCACUUGCCAGAAAUGGAUACAGAUAAUCCUCGUUCCCGACCCAAAGAUACGAAACGCAAGGUGCACAGAGCAAAUACUGCUCAAUCUGCAGUUGGAACUGAAGGUCUCCAACUUAGUUCUCAGCUACUGUCCGACCUUAAACGGGCUUCGACUAUAAACAAAACCUAUAGGAUGAGGUACUCUGCUACUGAGGAAGAACUACUCCAGAGUCGAACCAGCUCUCGCAAUAGUCCCACACCAGCUGAUAGCAGUAUGGAUCCUUCAUCAUGUGGUAGUACUGACGAAUCUUUCAUUACGUCACUGAGUUCAUUACCCACAAGUCAACAGUAUCAUUUGGUACACAUCAGUACUGAGGACCUGACUGACAUAAACAGCAGUUGUUCACCCACCAACCCUUCCCCCAUAAUAAUCAACAGAAAGAGGAGCUCGCCGACUGGCAGCGCCUGUAGCAGCAACAGUGGAGAGGGUGGGGAGGGUGAGAACAGCCCCACAGGAAGUACAGGUUGCUCCAGUCCUCAACUAAAUGACAGCAGCGCGGAAGAAGACAGGGGGAGUUGUGAUAAAUAAUUUUGCCGAGUUAAAAGUGACACCUUGACGUCGUACAGAAGAUACCUUAUACUUAGAGUAAAUUAAUUAUUUAUACAGAGUGGCGAGGAAGUCUGGGACGUAGCCUUGAAUAGUACCUUUAAGUCCCGUAUCCUCCACUGACCUUAAGAUUUUUAGACGAGUACGACUAUGAGUUCGAGAUCUUCCAAUAGUGAGACAGGGGGCGCUCGAGAAUCUCUGGAAUUUGGCGCGAAAAAAAAGCAAUGUUGGUCGAGUUUUUGCGAAAAUGGAGAGGCAAUGACUAGAUACCAUUAGGUAACCAGUUCCAUAAUUUCAAUUUUUUUAAUUGAACCCUUCGAUUACGUCCGAUUAUAAGAGUUGCGCAAACUUUGUCGCUCAUAACAGCACAGUUUAAGUCUCGCGACGAAUAUUUCGCUGAAAAACUGAAUGCAAAUCUCGUACUUGUUAUCGAGCGAGCUCGGCUUAUAAUCUUAAGGUUUCUAUUAGCAAGAUUUAAAAUUAUCAAAUGAGUUUACUUUAUUUAUGAGCAAUAGAGAAAUGCUGUAGAGAAAUUAAUGUGACGUAAUUAAUACUGACCUUCCCCUUAAGUUUGCUUCCUUCUCUUUUCACUCUCGUAACCUGCGGAACGCGCGCCUCUUUUUUUGUGUUUUUUUGUUUGUUUGUUUGUUUGUUUGCGUUUUUCAGGCAGGCUUAGGAAAGUGUAAGGCGUGCGUGAUACAGCAUGAGGGCAAGUCGUGUGCUAGAGGAGGAGCUCGUGCACUAGUGUAUGUCUCGCCCGUCACGCUCGCCACGUACUUACCUUCGCUCGCCUAAAAACACAAAAAAUGACGCCUCUCUUGCACGCUACACUAACCACGCCUAUAACGCAGUGCCUUGUUUGCAUCAUAACAAGAUAACCUAAAAGACUGACUCAACCAUGUAAUCUUUAUCCGUAAAGGUCCCUAACGAGUUGUUUUUUAGGAUCGAGUAGUCUUCUUCGCAGCCUUUGUUCUUUCUCGUCACACAACGCUUUUCGCGCGAGAAAGAGUGUCGCGUGAGAGACCAAAUAAAGGGCUGCGAAGUAGAGUGGCCAUCUGAUCUUCUGAGGACAGUGUAACGUACACCCUGCCGAUUGCUUAAAUAGAAUUGCCCCUCGAGAGACAUCAGUAAUUUCGAUAUUCUUACGGAAUCUCCGAAAAUGGGGGUUUCAGAUAUAGAAUAAGUUAUCCAGGGGCAACUCCUCUCUUGGUCUUCUCUGGCUUGUACUUAACUCGUCUUUUUCUUUGUAAGGUCUUUGUAAGGUUGAUUCUCCACAUUAAUGAAUGAAAUCUUUAUUGACUGUAUAGCUGUGAAUAUGGUUAAAUUCUAGACCCGGAGUAUGUUGAGAAUAUAUUUUGAGAGUUGAAUUCGAGUCUCCGGAAGAUUAAUAAAUUAUUGAAUUUGA